AUGUUUAUUGGGGGCGUUAAUCUAGUUUUGCCUUCUCUUCUAAUUUCUUCUCUAGCUCUUCUCGGUUUUUCUUUACCACCAGAUUCUGGAGAAAAACUAAAUCUCUGUGUAACUAUAUUUAUGUCUUUAUGUGUUUUUAUGUUGAUGGUAGCUGAGACUAUGCCGCAAACUUCUGACACUUUACCCUUAAUUGAAGUAUUCUUCACUUGUGUAAUGUUCGAAGUUGGUGCUUCUGUUAUUUGUACAGUUAUAGUCCUCAAUUUUCACCACAGAAAAGCUGAUUCUUACUUUCCUAUGCCUUCCUUUAUGAGAAUAAUUUUACUUGAAUGGCUUCCCUGGUUGCUUUGUAUGCAAAGACCCCCUCGUGUUAAACUUUCUGAUGGAACUGGAGAAAAAUUAUUAAAAGAUAUUGUUGGGGAAAUUAAUAAUAAUGAAAGGUAAAUACUUAAAAUAAAGUCGAACCCCUUUGGGCUGAGGAGUCUCUCAAAUGAGAGAAAUUGAUAGGGAAAGGGUAGAGGGUAAAUAAGUUGGAUGUAUA